AUGAAAUAGAAGCUGGCACUGUCGUAUCAAAAACGGUCGACCACUUUGGAAAAUUAAACGUCCUCAUCAAUAAUGCUGGAAGAGCCGUAGAGGGUUCGAUCUUGAACGGUAAAGCAUUGAAGCGUACGAUGAAUUAAUGAAAAUAAACGUUCGAGCGGCGAUCCAGUUGACUACCUUGGCUGCCCCGUUCCUCGCUAAGACUAAAGGGAACGUUGUCAAUGUUUCAAGUAUAGCAUCAACACUCGCAAGCAAAUCGCCCACAGGCCUACCGUAUUGCGUAUCAAAGGCAGCGUUAGACCAUUUUACUCGGUGUGCAGCAUUAGAACUAGCGUCUAUUGAAGUCAGAGUAAACAGCGUAAAUCCUGGACCGAUCGACAACGAAUUUGCUACCAACAACAAUCAAGGAGAUUCCAGGGUUAUAACUCAGGAAUGUGCGAAACUCUCUCCCCUCGGGUUUCUAGCCACGAGCGAGGAGAUUGCAGACGUGAUCGUGUUACUAGCUAGCGAGAAUGCUAAAAGCAUUACUGGUUCCAUUUAUGUAGUUGACAACGGGUUCUUUUUGAAAGGGUAAUUAGAGAUUUUUUUUGCGGUACUAAAGUCAACAGAUAUUUAUUAUUUUCUUCUAACCUUUUUCAACAUAGAGCAAGUCAAUUUUGCUUGAGAAAUCCGAGAUGGGUUGUACGAAAAGUGACCUUAAACGUUUGGCCGACUAACUGGCUCAAAAUCAUAAUAAAUUUGUUAGCAUUUUUGUAAUAUUUUAACGGUCAGAUAUAAACAAACCUUAACUCCGAACUUUUCUGUUUGACAUUGGAGCUGAAAUUUCAUAAAUAUUAAAUGAGAACCCCAAUUGGGUCUGAUAAUGGAUUCAGGCGACUUUUGAGAUGAAUGUUGUUUGUUUUAUUGGUAAUAUAAAUAAUAAGAUGAUUGCAAAUCACAUCCAGACACUAUAGCUUUUGGAAAAUGGAUUUUUUUUUAUUUAUUUAGGUAAUUACAAACAAAAAUCUCUAAGUAAUUUACACAGAUAUGCGAGGAUGCACCGGCAAAGCGCAUGAAAAGCGUUCAAAGUGUAAAUCAAAUAUGGGUUUUUGUCGCCAUCAAAGCAGACAAUUACAAAACCCCAAUAUCUAUGUAUUGUUUUUUGUAAGAGUAUCAGAUUCAUACU